AUGGAAGUGAGUACUUGUAAUGGGGUCUUUUGUCUAUCUGAUGAUGUUUAUGGCAAAUACACUGGUAGGGCUGCUUUAUGGAACCCUAGUGUUAGAAAGUUUAUUGCCAUUCCUGGUCCUAAUGUUACGUUUACCUCACAUGGACCCUAUAUACACUCACUUGGGUUUGGUUUUGAUUCCACUACUGAUGAUUUUAAGUUGGUGAGUGUAGUGUAUUUGCAAGAUAGUGAUUUUAACUUUUAUGAGAUUCCGCCUUUGGUUGAGAUUUACAGUUUGAGAAGUAGGUGUUGGAGAAUGGUUCAUAAUGAUCUGAGACAUGCCAUCCCCGAGUGCUCAACGUCUGCUUUUCUGAAAGGAGCUUGUAAUUGGGUUGCCCCUAAGCGACAAAAGGGGGCUGUUGCAGGCGAUGUGAUUGUGUCGUUUGCUUUGGGAGAAGAGGUGUUUGGGGAAAUGGAGGUACCAGAUUUGUUUGGAAUACGAAAGUUAGUAGCUUGUAGGCUAAAUGGUAAGGUUCUAUUGGCAAAAGGAGGUCGAAAGCUAGUUUUCUAUGAUCCAAAGACAGAAGAAAUCUUUGAUGCAGAAAUUUUGGGCGAUGUACGCUUUGAUGCUUUUGUGGAUAGUCUUGUUUUACUCAGUGAAGCAAAUGAAUUUACAGAAGAGGAAGCUUCUGAGGGUGAUGACGCGAAUGGAGUUUCAAAGGAUCAUUAUUCUUUCUUCUGA